ACCGGUGCCAUUCUCGUCCUUCCUUCCCGAGUCCCGACCUUUCCUCCCGGCUUCUCCGCUUGUUCGGCUGCUCUCGCCUGGUGCUGGUAGAUUGGGUGCUUCAGCUUCGUCUGAUCAGGCGGCGUUAGAGGAUCCCCGCGGGUGUAUUCCGUUGUGGGUUUCUGACUAUCGAUUGGUAGUUUUGUCAAUCAUCUGCAGUAGCCGAGUACAAUGGAUUCUACUGAUAGGGAUGUUUAGUACUCUGCACGUUGCGCUUCAAUCAUCUGCACGUUGCGCUUCGAUCUUCGUUUUCCGGCGCAUCCAGUCCGUGUGGAAAGCAACGGAGGGUUGAUAUUAUGUAGUUGGGUGUAACAGGAGCAUCUGCUGUUGUUUUGGGUUAUUUGCACAGUUCCUGCAUAAAAUUCAAGGUGUUGACUUGAUAGAUCAGAUCAUGGAUUUUCCUGUUGACCCAAUCAUGGCAGCUAAGGCUUAUAAGUAUAAAGCAGAACUACUUCUUAAGGAAUACUUGCUAGCAGAUUCAUAUGUUCUAUACACUUCUGUGUUCGUGGGGCUCCUGAUGUGCAAGUUGUCCUAUGACUUCACACACACAAUCAGUUCUGUCUACUUCAAAGGUUAUGCCUCUCUUACAAAGAUGAAAAAGAUUGAAUGGAACAACAGAGGAAUGUCCACUGUCCAUGCAAUAUUCAUUACAAUGAUGUCAGUAUACCUAGUCUUCUUAUCAGAUUUGUUCUCUGAUCAGCUGGAUGGUCCAGUAACGUUUCGGACUUCACACCUCUCCAAUUUUACAUUGGGGGUCUCUGUUGGGUACUUCAUUGCAGACCUUGCGAUGAUAUUUUGGUUCUACCCUUCUCUUGGUGGUAUGGAGUAUGUUUUCCACCACAUUCUUUGCCUUGUUUGUGCUGUGUAUGCUAUGCUUUCUGGGGAAGGACAGUUAUACGCAUACAUGUUUCUCAUCUCUGAGACUACCACCCCAGGAAUCAACCUACGAUGGUUCCUUGAUGUUGCUGGAAAGAAAAAUUCCAAAGCUUACAUUGUCAACGGAGUUGCAAUGUUCAUUACUUGGCUGAUGGUCAGGAUAGUUCUGUUCAUCUACUUGUUUUAUCACAUCCUUACAAAUUAUGAUCAGGUUAAGCAGAUGGACACUUUUGCUUGUGUUUUGAUAUCUGUUGCCCCCACCAUACUAUUCACUAUGAAUGUAAUAUGGUUUUCCAAGAUCGUAAAAGGUCUCAAGAAGACACUUGCCAAAAGGCAUGCUGAAUAGGGGAAUGUGCAUACAUGUACAUCCACGACCAUCUAUUCCAUCUGUACAUUCACUUACAGCUAUGUACAAAUUUAGUCACAAAUGCAGAUAUGCUGGUAAUUCAGCUUUUUCGUCGUGA